UGUCUCGUUAUAUCCGUUGGGAUUUGAACGGAGCGGCCUUGUUUGUCGCCCAACUCUCUCUCUCUCUCUCUCUCUCUAAGCAAUCACAGAUUGUUAAUGGCGAUGAGACCCAGUCAAGAGUAUAUCUAUUCUCUCUCUCCUCGACCUCAUUCACUUUCUCCCUGUCACAGUUUACCUCCGCCAUUUCCUAAGGAACGCUCAUUUCUGAGAAUCGUACGGUCUUUUAUACUAUAUUUUUCUCUCUCGCUAUCCCAGAAACCCUCCUUGUAGCUUGUGCAGAGGGCUUUUGGCUAGGGCUUCGUUUCUCGCAUUUGCGAUAUGAGUGCUUGAUAAUUCUGCCCUCCCAGUCAAAGCAGAUAGACCAUGUCUGGACCACUUUCUCCCAAACCAGUCCUUGAAAGAUCUGAUGUCGAGAACUUUGACGAUGAGAAGAGGACUAGAAUUGGGUCUUUGAAGAAGAAAGCAAUCAAUGCCUCCACCAAGCUCAGGCAUUCUUUGAAAAGAAGGGUUAGGAGAAGUAGUAAAGUCAUGUCAGUUGAAAUUGAGGACGUGCAUGAUGCGGAGGAGUUGAAGGCUGUGGAUGCUUUCCGUCAAGCACUGAUUUUGGAAGAGCUUCUGCCUGCAAAGCACGAUGAUUAUCAUAUGAUGCUCAGAUUCUUGAAGGCCAGAAAAUUUGAUAUUGACAAAACAAAGCAUAUGUGGUCUGACAUGCUCCGGUGGAGGAAUGAAUUUGGUGCUGACACACUGAUGGAGGAUUUUGAAUUUGAGGAAAUCAAUGAAGUCCUGGAAUACUAUCCUCAAGGGAAUCACGGAGUAGAUAAGGAUGGAAGACCUGUGUACAUCGAGAGAUUGGGGAAAGUAGAUGCUGCCAAGCUGAUGCAAGUCACAAACAUGGACCGCUAUGUGAAAUACCAUGUAAAGGAGUUUGAGAGGACAUUUGCCAUAAAGUUUCCAGCUUGUUCAAUUGCAACCAAAAAACACAUCGAUCAAAGUACAACCAUCCUGGACGUGGAAGGAGUGGGACUGAAAAAUUUCAACAAAGCUGCAAGGGAACUUGUUACUCGCCUUCAGAAGAUUGAUGGUGACUAUUAUCCCGAGACAUUGAAUCGCAUGUUCAUCAUCAAUGCUGGCUCUGGAUUCAGAAUGUUGUGGAACACUGUAAAGACUUUCCUUGAUCCUAAGACAGCAGCAAAAAUCCAUGUUCUUGGCAAUAAAUACCAGAGCAAGUUGCUUGAAAUAAUUGAUGCUAGUGAGUUGCCAGAAUUUUUAGGAGGCACUUGUACCUGUGCUGAUCAAGGAGGCUGCAUGUAUUCUGAUAAGGGCCCGUGGAAGGAUCCGGAGAUCUUAAAUAUGGUUCAGAAUGGUGCUCAUAAAUGUACAAAGAAACCUAAUAUUCAAAUUGUCGAAGAGAAGACAAUAUCUGAGGAUGAGAUAAUAUACCCUAAGGGUCAUCACUCGUUUGGUGUGGAGGCAGCUCCAGAUGUACAUGUAGAUGGCAUGCAUUCUUUUUCUUCUAGACUUCCAAGGGAGCAUGUCGAGUACUCUCAACUCUCUACUAUCCCUGAAGAAGUCCUGAUACCACGAAAUCGCCUAGAAACCUAUGUGUCUGAAGAAUUUGUCCCAAUGGUUGAUAAAUCCGUGGAUUCCACGUGGCAACAGAUGGUAGAUAACGACCGGUUUUCCCUUUCGAAAGCAGCAGAUUGUUUUGCCAUGCAUGAUGCUUGCAACAUUCCCGAAGGAUUCAGUUCUCAAUUUUUUACUGGUGUUAUGGCCUUUCUUAUGGGCUUCGUCACCAUGGUCAGAUUGACACGCAACAUGCCCAAGAAGCUCACAGAAGCUACCAUCUACUCCAAUCCUCUUUACUGUGUUGAGCCAAUCUUCAAAGACCAGGAACCUUCCCACCAGUUUCAUGACAAUGCCAUCUCUGGCACUCAGUACAUGUCUGUCUUAAAAUGCAUACAUGAAUUGGAAGAUAAAGUGAGCACUUUGAGUUUGAAACCUGACGCCAUGCCAGCUGAGAAGGAAGAAAUGCUGAAUGCCGCUGUAAGACGGGUUGAUGCCUUGGAGCAAGAGCUUAUGGAAACCAAGAAGGCUUUAGAGGACUCUCUUGCCCAACAAGUGGAGCUCAUGGCUUAUCUUGACAAAAAGAAGAAGAAGAAGAAAUUGUUCAGCUGGUGAGGGAAGAAAUUCUGGACGCCAAAAGUUGCUCAGCAAACCAACAUCAUUUCUCCAAAACCAUCCAAAUGUACUCACUGUUCCAUUGCAAAAUAUAUAAAAUAAAAAGCUCUUGUAGAUUAUG